GCCGGCGCGGGGCCAUGGGCGCCAGCGGCUGAGGCGGCCCGGAGCGGCGCGGCGGGGCGCGGAGCGGAGCGGGGGAGCGCGGUGCGGGGCGCGGCGCCGCCGCCGCUGGCGGGAGCGGCCGCGGGGCGGUGACUGGGCGCGGACUCCCCGGCCCGGUGGAAGGAAGCUGCGGGGAGCGCGGCUCCGGGGACUCGGCGGCGCGUGUUUCUGGCGGCCCGAGCGCCGCGCCCUUCCCCUGCCCCAUGUCGGCGUGGCUCGGCCGGGCGGCGCUGCUGCUGGGGCGGCCGGGGGGCCCCGCCGCUGCCGCCGCCCCCUCCUCCUGCCUGGGCUCGCUGCGUGGCCCGCCGCGCUGCUGCUGCCGCCGCCGCCUGGGUAGCCUGCGGGGGGGCGCCGAGGGGCUGCUCCUCCCGCGGGGGUCGCGGGCGCUGGGCACCCACCCCAAGAAGGAGCCGAUGGAGGCGCUGAACACGGCGCAGGGGGCCCGCGACUUCAUCUACAGCCUGCACUCCACCGAGCGGAGCUGCCUGCUGCGGGAGCUGCACCGCUUCGAGUCCAUCGCCAUCGCCCAAGACCCCAUAUCAGCUAGGGGAAGCUGGCAGCAAUAUGGGGAGACCUGGGCACAGCAAGAACCAACUGGGGCCUGUUCCUCAGCCCAUUCCCAGGCCUACCACCAGAAGGAUGCAGUUCCAUCAACUAAUUGCCCUAGCGCGAAAUAUGACAGGCCACACUAUCUGUGGCCUCCGCUAAUGGCAGAGGCUACAGGGAAACCCAUCUUUUGCUGCGGCUGCUACGCUGAAGGACGGUCCUCAGAGAAGUUGGAGGUUGCACCACCAUCUCCAGGACAACUGAAACAUGUGUUCUUCCACAAUGCAUUACCUUUUGUAGGGUUUGGAUUUUUGGAUAACGCAAUUAUGAUUGCUGCGGGAACCCAAAUAGAAUUGUCAAUUGGAGUUGUCCUAGGAAUUUCAACUAUGGCAGCUGCAGCUUUGGGAAACCUCGUUUCAGAUUUAGCUGGACUGGGUCUUGCAGGUUAUGUAGAAGCUUUAGCUUCACGACUGGGUCUGUCUAUCCCCGAUCUGACACCCAAACAAGCUGAUAUGUGGCAAACGCGUCUCAGUGCACACUUGGGUAAAGCUAUUGGAGUGACCAUUGGCUGCAUUUUAGGAAUGUUUCCUUUGUUGUUCUUUGGAGAUGAGGAAGAAAAACUGGAAGAAAAAAAUUAACCUUUUUACAAGACGUAUACAAAUGUAAACUACUGUACCUCAAUUAUCAAUUAUGCUGUCAAUAUUUAGGAAUUAACAGACAGUAAAAAAAUGUAUAGACUUGGGAACAAAACCUUCAGCAUGUCGUUUUAUGGAAACACUAAUUUAUUGUGGCUUUGUUGUGUUCAGUACUUCUUUUUAUAAGAUAUCAUCUAACUUUUUAUUUAAUUGUAAAUUUUUGAAGUGUUUUCACUUAUGGCAAUAUGUUUACCACUUUCCCUUUGACCUUAUUCUUUAAUGGAUUAUUACUUCAAUAAUCCAUCAUGGAUGACAGUAUCACUCUUUGAGUUGCAUAUUGGUUGCUCAACAGUUGUAAUUGCAUGACAAAGAUUUCACUGCUGUUCAUCAGGUCCUUCAAUGCAGAUUAUUACAGGAGGUUGGUGAUGAGUAAUUUGAAGUCCCUCGUUUUGCAAGAUGACUGGUUGUCCCUUCACCAGCCAUCAAUUUACACUGCAUUUAGGUUAGAUAUUUCAGUGAUCUAUGACAGUUUAGUUUGCCUUUUUUCACAGUUCUGAAUGUCUCUGAAUUAUCUUCUGAGGUGAUCAUUUUAAUGCUUUGACAAGGUAAGUGUUUCCAGUAUAGGCUCUUAAUCAAGUCUGAUUUUUUUAGUGGUGUUUUAACACCUGUACGUCCAUAUUCGUGCCUCUUUUUUUCUUUUUUUUCUUCCCCUUUGUGAACGAUAUUUUGAGAAUUGAGUUGAGAGAUUCUUAAAUUUGUCUUCCUGAGUUUUGAGUGUGGUAUUAAAGAAUUCAGACCAACUGUUUCAAAACCGCAAAUAACUUUUAUUGUUCUGCUUAAAAUAAAGUGUGACUAGUUCAUCGGGUGGAUGAGGCUGGGGAGCACUUUGGAGUGUAAAUAAGUGGAGGCAUUGCAGGUUUGUCACGGGUGGUUCAGUUGAAAAAAAAUGUGACAUCAGUCUGGAUUAGAGGACCUGAUUUGCAGAUUAUAACUUUGUAUUUAAGAUUAAACCUUUGCUACUUUUUUUUUUUGCCGUGAGAAUUAGUAAAGAAACCCAAGCAACAGAAAAAAGGAGACUUGAGGCCUUUUUCCUUUUUUUGCCUUCUGUUUUUGCAGUCUUAUUUGGUGUAUUAUAGGUCUGACAGUGCAGUCACAUUUAACUGUGCUUUUUUUAUACAAUCAUGAAUAAAUUCAUUACAACUGUCGCGUAUUCAUCAUAUUUCAGGAUCAGACUUGCAGGAGCAUAAUGUUAAAUUGAUAACUGUUGAUUAGAGGGGAGGAUUUCGUACCGGUUUAAAUACUAUUUGGAAAAGAUACUAAAAAGAGAGGUACAGCCAGGGCACCUGGAAAGUUUUAUUGCUGGAAUUGUUAGCACUUUUGAAAGCUAUAAAGAAAUGUUUAAAAAAAUAAUAAAAAGUUAAGUCCCCUGGUGACUUUUAUUCGCUAUAGGAAAAGUCUUAUUGUAACGUGUAUGUUUUACAGUGCUCCUUGCUUAUUUCUUGGUCAUAAAUCUGACUUCUCUGUUCUCAUUUCUAGAAGCCCUUUAACAGCAGUACUGAAUCUUUUAACAUCCAUGUUUAAUGAAGGUGACAGUGUUGUAUCUGUUAUUUGAAAAGCAGACUUGGAAAAUACAGUCAUUAGUAGCACAUACUGUACUUUGUAUGUUAAACCAUGAGAAUCUUGACCGAACUGUAAACCUGAAAGAAGUCUCAGCCAGGCAUAGAACACAAAUGCAGAGGAGUUUUGGUUUGCGUUUUCAAAGUUGAAGGCUUUAUUAAAAAAAAAAAAAAAAAACAAAAAACAAGAAACCCCAACCAAAACAAAAAAAAAAAACCCCACAAAAAAACCAACCAAACCAAAGAAACAAAAAAACCCCUCCAACCACAAAAGAUAUGCACAAAACCCAGUUCCGCUAGAAAAUUAUGCGCUCCUUCCCCAACAGAUUGCUGCUGGUUUACAGUACCUCAGUGAUCAGGCUUUUUUAGUCAUCCACACAUUUGUUUUGCCUUAAACUCGUAACGUUUCUUCCCCUACAUGUACUUUUUGUUUCUGUUAUGUUUCUAUACAAAGCUGUAAGUAUUUCCCAUAUGUUCUUUGAAGUACGUAUCAGAACAGUUUUGCAUAGCUUUUUUGUAGCAGUUUUUACAGUAAUGCCAACACUUUCCCAUUACGGUACUGGCAUCUUCAUUGGAAUCUUCCAGCAGUGGCCAAAUCUCUGUUCUUUGCCAUCGUACCAACUGGAACGCUGUUUCCAUCACUUUUUUAAGAGCUCAUGAGAACAAUCAGAAGGCUGUCAGCUGUCAUAGUAGUGUUAAUUUUAUAAUGGCAAUAGGAGAGACCAUGUAUUCUUGUUAAAUAGCUUGUGCAUGUAAAUUGAGUACGUUCUGUUACUGUAUGUCAAACUAUUGUACUGCAACCAAUGCUUUUGUCAAAUUAAUGAACUAAAAUAUCUUUGAAGAAAUUAAUCAUGUGUCGUCUUGUUAAACUAUUUAGCUGACCACAAAAACGUGGAGGGCAAGUGACACAUGGUAAGAUAUCUUGGGUGUUUCAGGCUGUUGUCUGAUACUGUAAUCAAGAAGGUGACUUCUGGAGUUUCAACAUUUGACAAAUGUGAAGAAAUAACUUGUGAUUUGAGAGGAACAGUGGCUUUGCUAGAGGCUGAGAGAAAGUGCUUGUUGGGGCCAAGCUGCCACCCUGAAUACAGUAAGGGUAGCUUGCUUUGCCUGCAGGAUCCAUUCUUGUGUGGAUGGUGGUGCUACUUCAUGUGGAAGGGAAGAUCUGUGCCUGAUCUGUACCGUCUCCUCAUGAGGAGGGUGGGUUUUCCUGGAGUAUAUGGAUGAAGGUAAUCCCUUAUGCUCUGAUCAUGCUUUUUAAAACACGUAACUGAGAAGAGAGCACUAACAAAAUGCUCCUCUGUGUUCUGUUGUCUCCUCUUUCCUUGAUAAAAGGAAAACCAAACACUACAGGCUUGUUCAGAGACUUCAGUAUGGCUCCAUUUUUUUUUUUUUUUUAUUCUAUCAGUUUGUCCUGGGUUAACAGGGAUCUUUCACAUUAAAGGGCUGGUAGACCUGAAAUUGUGUUUAUUUUAAAAUGCUGUCUUUUAUUGUAACUUAAAAUAUAAAUGUAUUUUUGACUGUAUGUUAUCUCUAGGGACAAAGAACAUGCAUCUGAUUAUAUGGUUAUGCAAAUCUUCUCGCCAGUAUUUUCUCAUGCAUGUACUUUUACAUAAAUUAUUUGAAAUCAGACAACGUGCUUUGUAUUGUCUUUAAGUCGUUGAACUUUCUGUAAACUUUUGUACUACAGCAAAGCUGUUCUGUGUUUCUUUAUUAGACUAGAUGCUGGAGGGGUAUUCUUAAUAAUAUCCUGUGGGUAUUCAGCCUCAGUUACACAAAACAGGAAUUUAUUAUUUAAGUUAUAAGCAGGUGGUCCUUUGUCAUUGUCAUUGGAGAUACCACCGUGGGGUGGUACUUCUGUCUCUUCGUGCUUGGAAGAGCGUGAUUUAAACAAUUAAAAUAUUUGCAUGGUAAAUUGGUGGCAUUUGUGAUUCAUGUUAGUCGGAAGUCCACUUGCACUUGAAUUUAUGGAAUUAACUGAGGUUUUGUAUGCAAACUAAGCCUUUUUGAACUUUCCUGAACUUCAGAGAUCCUCACUUUGUUUUAUUUUUUCCACUCCUUGUUCAGUCCCUUCUGUGAAUGUCUGCAUAAAGAAGUGCUGUGAGUAAAACACCUGUACUGGAAGGAUGGUCUCAUCUCAUUUUGACAACGUGUAUAGGUUGGCUGUUAUUUUACUCUAUUCUAAUUGCACUGUGUAGUAGAACUCUUAAUACUGUUCCAAGAGCCUGUCGCACUUCUAACCAACUUGUUUCCUUCUUCUCUGAUGUUUUACAUGGUCUAGUGACAAGCUGACAGAACAGUAGUAUAUAAACUGAAGACCUUAAUAAAGUAUUGAGGAGUUACCAUCCUGCUCUGAAAUUCUUAAGCCUCUGGAAUUUUUUAACCUAAAGUAUUAAGAAAAUAGCAAGAGCUACUCCGGGUUGCAGUUAAUGGUCUCAACACGAAUUCAAGCUCCUUUUUUAAAGUAUUUGAUAUUUGUUAAAGCUCUGUUAAGAACACUUGUCUCUGUGUUCAGGACCCUUGGCAUCCAGAGUGUUGCUUCAAAAUAGUAUUGGGGGAGUGGAGGGAUUUGGGCAAACUUGGAAUUUAAAAGCCAGCUGUGGUAGAACGCAGAAGGAUAUUAUUUUUUGUGCUUGUUUUGGAAAACUACCUUCCCCAACCAAAACAAACACCACCACCUAGAGAGACCUGUGAGCUCUGCUGGCCCUGCUCCCCCAAGUCACUAGGAUUUGAGCAGGACAGUCUGUGAGCCUCAGGUAUGUAAUUCAGAGUCAUGACCUUGGGCAGCAACAGGGCGUGUGGAGUGCUAAUGUGUCUCUCCUAUAAGUAGAUGAUGCCAAGAUGAGCCUCUUGCAGCAGCGUGAAGAGGACUGGCAGGAGAGGGUUCUGGUUUAACAGUCUUCACAUUAGUGCAUAGGUAUCUAAGCAGUUGGUUUAGAUACUGAUGCAGCUAUGAAUGCUGCUCUGGUUUCAUGGGUUGCUUGUUCUGUCUGUGUGGGCAAAGACUUGACUUGCUGUGAAAUACCAAAAUUAUUUGAGACUUUAAACCUGAUGCAUUUUGUGUUCUGCUCUUGAUGCUGUGCUUAUCAAAGUGUCUUAUCUAUAUGUCUUUGAUUGUGAAAAAGGCCGUAUGCUUUUGCUUAGAGGGUUUAAGCCUUUCCAAACCUGUAAAUAUCAGUAUUAUCUAUCCAUAAAGAGAUUAUAUUGCAAUGGGUUAUGAAGUAUACUGAAUGGCACCAUUGACUGCUUAGAAAACAAGGUAAGAUUUGCUGUGUUGGACCUACAGCUGCCGUUCCCAUUGGGAAGAGGGUUGCCACUGAGCAGGAUGGUAGUGUGAUAACACGGAGCGCUGCCUUGUCUUUGCGCAGCACUGCUGCUUGGAUUUGGCAGGGUGAUCUGUUUGCACCAUGGUGAUGCUGUGCAGUUUUGUUGAAAAUGUGUAUCUGUCGCUUCUAGGUAGGAAUGAGGAGGAAAGGGAGGAGAAUGGGAUUCUGCCAGGUCAUUUUCCCUACAUGGGGAUGCAUAAGAGUAUCCAUUAAGAGAGAAAAAAAAACCCUGUGAUUUGCAUUCAUGCUACUUUCCUGCUGUCCUCUGUGCCUCAGAUUGCUUUUAACAUGCUGGGAGAUGGGAAGAAAGAGCUGAUGAGGCUUACCUCCCCCAGGGUGGCUUUUCUGCACACCUCAGCUAUUGAGCUGCCAAUAAUCCCUGCAUAGAAUUGUCAAAGGAAAAAAAUAGCCCAGAAAUACCCCCUUUUGAACACAGGAGCCCUUGAAUAGGAAGAGGAGAAUGAUUACACUUGAUUUAGCUUUGCAGUACAACUGCCUAGUUAUGAAAGAUCACAUCAAAAACCAGUUGGAUCUUAAAAGGAAAAAAGCCCCUUUUGGUGAAGUUUCAGGCAGGCUUUCAUGCAGAAUCUGCAAGUAACUUUUUCUCUCUGUGGUUUUCACUGAUUAGUUACUUGCUCCGUUUUGUGUAGGAAUGCUGAAAGGCAUUGUUUUCCUUCUACCCGCUUGCUUUUGUGAGGGCAUCAAAACCCCUAAGGGAUGGCAGGACUGGGAGAGAGGCUGUGACCAGAGCCGUUGCUUGUAGGAAAGCAUCCUAGGUGUGAGGAGCAGGCUCAUCUUCAUUUGUAGGAUCUUGUUUCCCUUGUAAAGGCAGACAGACAGUGGGAGGAUGGUUCCUAUGGGAAAAUAAAUUAUUUUGUUGGAUUGUGUUAGUUUACGCCAAGGGUGGUUAUAUUGACAUGUUGGGGAGCAGGGCAAUCCGUCAUGCAGACUUUUAAAAAAAAACCCAAAUAAAGAAACUCUUCCCAGCCUGCACUGGAAACCUUAACAUCUUCUCUGUGCAGUAGAUAAAUGGCCUGCAGCUGUACAUUUUUUCAGAUCACAAAGUCCUGGGAAAGCCAAAAUCCGUUUGUAUGUCGUGUUUCUAUGUGUCCCCCACAUGACGUGGGAAUGGUUUGGGUACUGGUGAGCUUGGUCACUUGCAGCUAUCCUGCAGGCUUCAAGCCUCAGUUUUCGUACAAGUUUGGAGGAUUCCUGAAAUGGGAUUUCUCUGCCUAAAUGUAGACUUUCCAUGUUGCAGCUGGGCAACUUCACCUGGGUUACAUACACCGUGACCCCCUUGCGUAUGUUCGAAACACCACCGGAGAAUAUAUUUUGUCUGAUGUAUUGUAGGUGUCCAGUUCAGGAUGGGAUGGGUCAUGCUCUGCAGGCAGGAGCCUCUGCACCAAAACCAAAAGGCUGAUGAUAAGCCAUGUAUUUGGGGUGUAUUAAGAGUUUCAGUCCUGUUCUUUGCCCAAAGUUUGCCCAGGUUUUGGUUGACCUGGCCCAUGCAGUGUUGUUUUUGAUCAGUGAAAUCAUAUGCUAGUUAGCUUGUACUUGGAAAUGGAAGAGUUUAUUUCAACAUGAAAUAACUAGUUCAUUGGAUGGAAACUUUUAUUGUAGUAAAGCAAACCUACUUCAAUUGCAAGUGGAGCAGCUUGGUAGCAAAGAGGGGUAACAGGGAAACAAAUUACUUCUUUAAAAACUUUCCAGCAGGGAAGAGCUGCUCUGUUCUGGAUGGCUGUUCUGUGGGACGCUCCAUGUGGGUAGCGAAUUACAGCUUUUUUGCUUGCAUUUCAGCUGCUGUGACAAACAAUGCAAAUGUCACAAGUUGCACAGCAGUGGGGCUCUCCGUUGUAAAUUACUUUGCUUGAAAACUGUAAUCUAUUAAAAUAAACAGAUUGGCCAACAAAAAGGAAUUUAAUAGCAUGCUUGUAACUAGUGCGCUGCUAAAUGCUGUCAGCUUGCUGUUGCUGAAAGUCGGUAUAACACAAGUAGGCCAGUGGUGUGAUACAGCAAAAAGUUACUGAUGAAUCUUUUAAGAGAAUUGUGGCCUAUGAAAAAAUGCUGAUUUUCAUGCAUAUUGUGCAGCUGCUUCCUCUCGAUGCUGGGGUUGCUUGUGUCUCCUUGAGUCACUUGUGGUUCUGGUGCUAGCGUGGGGGACACAUAAUGAAACACCGAAGAAUAUAAUUGCAAAAGAAGAGAACACAGAAAGGAAAUAAACCUUCCCUUCAACGAAAUACAAACAAAUUAUUCAUUUCAUUAAAAUAUCUGGGAAAAAAAGCAAUAGCACUGUUUUGGUCUAAACUGGUAUCUUUCGUUCUGGCAGUCCCACAGAUGGUUACAAAGAAGCUAGAAGAUUUCUGAGUUCCAGCUGACAAAAACCUCUUUGGCUCAAGUUCUGUAUUGACUUGACUCUGAUUUAAACUGAGUCAUAAUAAACAGAAAUUAUGGA